AAUUUCGAUUUCAAUGUCCGGAUAAAAAGUGCUCAAUUUUUUCUUGUGUUUUUGUUUUUAAUUAAUUUUUUUUUUUAAAGAAAAAAAAACUUGAAAUAAAUUUCGCAAACAUGUCAGAUUCUGAUGAUUUUUCCGAUGAUGAUCAUUCUUUUGAUUCUCAUAAUGAUUCUCUAGAUGGAUAUGAUUCUGAUGAUUUUUCCAAUGAUGAUCAUACUUUUGAUUCUCACAAUAAUUCUCUUGAUGGAUAUUAUGAUUCUGAUGUUCUAAAUUGCAGUGAUGUUGAUGACGCUAAUUUUAGUGACGAUCAUGCUUCUGAUGAUUUACUUUUUGACGAAGAACAAAACUAUUCUGAUAAUGAUAAUAGAAUAGAAGAAUUGGAUGAAAAUAAUGAACAACAACAUUUGGAAAAUGAAAUGAUCAAUGACGAUACUUCAAGUGAAGAAAUCGAAGAAAAUUCUAAUCAUUCCGUAAUUAGUGAUGAUGACAAUGAAGAAAAUGUUCUGGAUGAUAAUAUCUCAGAGUAUGUUCCUGAUACUGAUGACUAUGAUGAUGAUGAUGACGACGACGAUGACGAUAGCUCGAAUCAAUUGUAUACCAAUUUUCUAAUGAGUUUGGACCAUCAGACUGACUAUAACGGACCUGUUGCAGUUGAUCAACAAUCAAACGAUAAAAAAUAUAAAAAUCAAGAAACACAAACAGAUGUGACAAAUUUGAUUGUACAAAAUAGAUGUUCAAUUUGUUUGGAAUCGUUUUGCCCGAACAAAGAUCAUUAUGUUGUAUGUUUACCAUGUGGUCAUCUUUUUGGAAAAACAUGUAUUGAAAAAUGGUUGGCUAGUUCAAAAUACUGUCCAACUUGUCGAUUUCAUGCUGAAAUUGGAGAUAUAAUUAAAAUUUUUCUUAAUCCGAUUGAUAUUAACUUAAUGAAACAAAAUUGUGAAACAAAAUUCUGGAGAGACAAAACCACCGAAUUGACAUUAGAAAAUUUGCAAUUAAAAAUGGAGCUACAUUUGGCAAAGAAUAAAAUCAUCAAUCAAAUCGAUUUUAACGAAAAAUAAUUUUUGUUAAAUUUCAAAAUUUUUUUUUCAAACAAAUAAAAAUAUUUACAAUAAA